AUGACAUUGCCAAGAUUCAUCGUUCUCAAAGCCCCCGAUGCCGAAAACUACCUCUGCUACAGACCCCGCAAUUGCACCUACAGGGGCUACGCCGAGUUCACCGAAACGACGGUUGUGAGCCCAAAUGCGAAAUUCGAAGUGGAGUUCGCUAAAAAUGGGCUGGUGCACAUAAGGAGCUGUACCAUAAACAAAUAUUUGAAAGGAAUUCAUAAACCUUCCAGCACCGGAAGUCCAAAUGAGGAGUAUUGGAUUACUAUAACCGCCGAUAAGCCGGAAGAAGACCGAUCCAAGGAGUCAUGCACAUUGUUCAAGCCUAUCGACUCCUUAGAUGGAAAAUAUCGAUUUGUCCAUGUUCAAUCUGGAAACUAUAUAUGCUUAUGGCCAUUGGCUACAUCGGACCUCCGUCGUGGCGUGUUGGCAAACCACAAUCAUGUUGCAGAUAAUUCUCAGAAUGCUUUCGAAGUUAUUGAUUGGGAGUCGUUGGUGAUUCUGCCUCGGUACGUUGCUUUCAAAGGAAACAAUAAUAUGUUCCUUCGUCUUACUGAAGCUGGGGAUCCACGGUCUUUAAAACUCUCGUGUGAGGAUGUUGGUGAUCACUGUGUGACAAUGGAGGUUUUUUAUAUGAAGAAUGGAGACAUCCGGUUCAAGCCGCUUUCUUUCAAUAAGUUCUGGAGGUGGAAGAGUACUGGCCAGAAUCGUAUUUUGGUGGAUUCUAAUGAAGCUACAGCCAACGAUAACGAUAAGAACACUCAUUUUCGUGCCUUCAAAGUCGACGGUAAGACCAUAGCUCUGCGCAACGUCGGCAGCGGAAAGUUCUGCAACUUCAAGGGCAUCGUAGGCAAGGAAACGACCGGUGACCUUGCUGCAACCAUCCCUUCGAUUACUAAAGAAACCUACCUAUGUGUUCUAGAGCCUGUGUUGUCAAGGACAAUUUAUAACCUCCGAUACGACACAGAAAAUGCUCGGGUCUAUAACAAAAAGGUCCUUGUUGUGGCCCAGAAUUCCGCCACUAACCGUACCACUCAAGCCAACACACUCGAUGUGAAACUUUCCUAUACUGAGACCAAUACCAGUACUUGGCUAGCUCAUUUUACACUAGGUCUUGAAACCAAAGCCACCUUCCAAGUCGGGGUUCCAUUCAUCGGUGAAAGGGGUACUGUCGAAAUAGCUCCCAAAUACGAAACAGGAAUCGAGUGGGGAAAGACCAAGACGAUGACCACCGACAUGACAGUUACGCACCAAGUUCGUGUGCCGCCCAUGACUAAGGUGACGGUGUAUCUAAAAAUGACCAAUGGCACGUGCGAUGUUCCCUUCGUGUUCAUUCAAAAAGACACUCUUUAUAAUGGGACCUUCGUUACAACUGAUGUCCUAGGUAACACUUUCACCGGUACUAAUUAUUACAACAUCCAUUAUGAUAGCAAAGAAGAACCCCUCACCUCUGAACCCCCACCUUUGUACCCCCACCUCUGA